UUUGUGCUGGACACUGUUGGGAAGACGUUUAACAUUAUCACUGGGUCGCUGUGGUUUACGUGCUGUCCAUACAUCUUUCCUCCCACUCACACACUGACUCCGCCCCGCUGUUCCCGGUAGACCUGACUGAGUUGACACUGCGGAGACAUCGAGACGAUCAAGGUGCUGUGGGUGACUGCUUACUUUCCAUUUUCCCAAGUGUUUUUUCUUCUUUUUCUCCUUCUUCUUUCUAAUCCUGGACAUCACGUCGUCUGUAUUUGCCUGCUGUGUACAGUAGCAUUAACUGUUAAAGGAUUUUUUUUUUUACUGGGAGUACAAGAGGAUCCGAGGAGUUGACGCGUUCUCACAUGGAAUAAACGCUCAGAGGCUCGAGGACAACAUGACUGUGACUCGGGAGUUUUUCACCUUUUUAACCUGCAUCGCCAUGUUAAUGGUAUACCAAUGUAAAGGAGAUCGCCUUCCUCCUCCAACAGGGCUGUCAUAUAGGUGGCUCGACCCAUUUACAGUCAACGUGUCCUGGCAGAAGCCCAGAGGUGUGGCAGAUGGCGAGGUGCAAUACAAAUACCGCCGGAUGAAGGAUGCAACAGAUAAUUCAUUGGCAUGCAGCGAAUGGAGAAAUUUCACAGAGAACCUUCUCACAGAAGAGACGGGUUCCGAUCGUUGGACGUUUGAAGUUUGGACUGUUGGCAGUCAAAACUGUGGCAAAAGUUUGAAUGACAGCACACAUGUGCCUGUUACCAUUCAUGCCCCCAAGCCCAGAGCUGAAAUGAAGGACAUCAAAUGUUUCAUCUCCAACGGUGACGCGAACUGUUCCUGGAUCUCAGGAGGCCAGCCUUUUAACGUCACCUAUAGGACUUGUGGACACACUGAGAAAGUCUUGAAGAGAUUAAAAGAGUGCGAUCAGCCUUACAGCGGUAGGACAAGGAAUGGCUGUUACCUGGAAUCUGAUGCUGUCCUCAAUAACAUCUGCAUGGUUGUGGCCACUGAAGCUGGACAGAGCACCUUUAAACCUGCACUUAUGAUACAUUCACCAAAAUUGAACAUCAAAGAAGAAAACAAUAGCCUCAACCUGAGCUGGACACUUCCAAAGAUCAUAAACGAUAAGUGCUGGGAAUUGAAGGUCUGCUUCAAGCAAUGCAAUAUGCCUAAAGAAUGCCGGACCUUAAACUACGAGACACAGCCUAUGCAGGUGACCUAUGAUAAAAGGUGCCGUUACGAGUUCCAAUCCAGAGCCAAAACUACGAACUACUGCGGGAAUAUAUCCAGUGACUUCGGUGAUGUUGUAUUCUAUGGUACCAAUGAGCCUCCUGAUGAGACUCUGACCGUGGUUGCCAUUGUCAUCCCUAUUAUUCUGUCUGCCUGCAUCAUUCUGUCCUGCUACUGUUUCAGGAGGCACAGCUCCAUUAUUUGCCCCAUCAUACCAGAUCCUUCUGCAAUAUUCAAGGAAAUGAUGAUGAAUGGAAACAAAGAAGUUAAGACUGCAGAAGAGAGUCUGUACACGCCGAUGCCAGAACCCGUUGAAUCCUGCAAAAUAACCCUCAUCGCUGAAAACAGUGUCCUCCAGCAAAACUCCUGAUGUGUGCAAUUACACUGCAAUGCCUGCAGUUCAGCUGGACUUCAACACUGGGUGAAUUCAUCAGGAACAUUUACAGAGUAACUUAACACCAGGCUGAAAGGCUUUGUACCUCUGACCUCUUCUGGUGUAAAGUGUCAAGUCUGCUGCACCUCUGUGUGUCACCUUUACUGUACUCAACUGACUUUGUAUCAGUGCAACCAGGGAAGAACUUUGACCACUAGAGGGCAGCAAAACACAACAUUUUCAGCUGCUUUUCUGUCACUAUCUCAGGUAGUGCUGAUGUACUCUGCCGAGGCCUGUCACGAACAGGAUAAGGAAAUACACUGAAUCCUUGGAGCUACCUUGAAAAAAGAAAAGCCACCAGGCUGUGGACCCGGAAAUGUCAACUGGACAAGAAAGUUUGUCAGGCCUGUACUGUGCUGAUAUGCUCCCAUUGAGCACUGGAGGAGGAAGACUAGGACUGGGCGGGUCGUGUGUUUGGUCGGAUAGAUUACAAGUAGGUCAGCAGGAGCUGUAUUUACUAGGAACUGUCCCACUGGGAAGAGGAGGUGUCCCUGGGAAUCUGCUGUGCAGAUCUAAGAGAAUAUAACUAGAAGAGGGGAAAUGGUUAAAAAAAAGGGGCAUUUGCAUUGGUCAUGCUCGUGGGAAUGUUAAGCAAAUGCAAGUAUGACUGCUGUCAUGGCAGCUAGACAAUGGGCAGGAAGCAGUAAACGAAAUGGAAAGCACACGCUUCCAGGGAUCCCUAAGCAGUUCUUACAGUAGUUAAUAUGUAUCUUGAAAAUCUGACCAUGUGGUGUUAAGCAUUUUCAACCUUUUCACACAAACUUGCACCUUUUUUUGAAAAGAGAGCAAUGAUAGAGCAUGUGAAGACAUCUAACAGCAGUUUAGCAGUCAUGGGUUGAUUUAGCGUAAUCCACUGUCUGCUUGCUCACACGCUAAUUCCAAAAAAUGCCACAUCACUAUUAGUCACACAGUCUUCCUUCCUGAAACCGAGGGAAGCUUUGUUUUUGCCCCCUGUUGCUUUGUGACAUUUACCAACAUUUCUAUUUGUUGGGUGAUUAUUGACCAUUUUCACUGCUUUAACAGAGAAUAAAGAAAGACAACAGUGGUCGCUUGGUUGUGAUUGUUGAUAUUACCCAUCAGUGGUUGAUUUCAGUCUUCUUUGUAGUCCUAGUUUCAUAAUGGACUUGUCACAGCUUGUUGCUUGUGGAGCUCCAAGAUGUUAUUUUUUCAACAUUCCUACUAAAGUAACAAAACAAAAAUAUCAACUCAGGUCUUAAUGUUAAUAAAUCAUACUAAUGUUGGGAUACUUCUAGUUUACAGAUCAUUAAUAACCAUAAGUAGGAUUAGCUUUUGGGCAACCAGGGUUUAAACAAUUCUUUUAGCUGGCUUUUCAUCUCCUCUUGCAUGAUACUUUAUUUCAAAGGUGGGGACACAUGUGAUUGGUGGUUUGGGGUCCUCCACAAAAAAAAAUUCAGCAUCAAACACUUUAGCUAUUACGGAAGCGUAUUGCGUUCACUUAACAAAUAAAAAAGCCCUGUUUUUCUGAG